AUGAAGGAAAAUCAGACAACGGUUACAGAGUUUAUCCUACUGGGAUUUGGUCUUGGUCCAAAGAUUCAGAUUUUCCUUUUUGGACUCUUCUCUCUGUUCUACAUCAUCACCCUACUGGGGAACGGGGUCAUCCUGGGGCUCAUCUCCCUGGACUCCAGACUGCACACCCCCAUGUACUUCUUCCUGUCCCACCUGGCCAUCGUGGACAUCGCCUAUGCCUGCAACACGGUACCCCAGAUGCUGGUCAACCUUCUGGACCCAGCCAAGCCCAUCUCCUUUGCCGGCUGCCUCACACAGACUUUUCUCUUUCUGGCUUUUGCUCUCACUGAGUGUCUCCUCCUGGUGGUGAUGUCCUAUGAUCGGUACGUGGCCAUCUGCCACCCACUCCGCUACUCCGUCAUCAUGAGCUGGAGACUCUGCAUCUCCCUGGUGGUCGCCUCCUGGCUCUGCGGCUCCCUUCUAGCUCUGGUCCACGUGUCUCUCAUCCUGAGGCUGCCCUUCUGUGGGCCUCAUGAGAUCAAUCACUUCUUCUGUGAGAUCCUGUCUGUCCUCAAGCUGGCCUGCGCUGACACCACACUCAACAAAAUCGUCAUCUUCGUUGCCUGUGUCUUCAUCCUAGUGGGGCCCCUCAGCCUGGUGCUGGUGUCCUACGCGCGCAUCCUCAUGGCCAUCCUCAGGAUCCAGUCAGGGGAGGGCCGCAGGAAGGCCUUCUCCACCUGCUCCUCCCACCUCUGCGUGGUGGGGCUCUUCUUUGGUAGUGCCAUAGUUAUGUACAUGGCCCCCAAAUCCCGCCACCCAGAGGAGCAGCAGAAGAUCCUCUUCCUGUUUUACAGUUUUUUCAACCCUAUGUUGAACCCUCUGAUCUACAGCCUGAGGAAUGCAGAGGUUAAGGGCGCCCUGAGGCGAGUGCUGGGUAAGGGAAGUCACUCCCAGAUGCAGUGA